UUUAUUGAAUUUGUUUUAUGUUUUUUUAUAAUACUACUUUUAUAUGUUUAGCCAGAAAUAAAACAACAAAAUAUUUAUAUAGAAUAAAAUCUUGUCUGUAGAGAAGGUGUUUCUUGGCCUAAUCUCUAGUCAUGCAUGAUGAUGAUAUUGACAAGGAUUCUACUUUGUUUACUUGUUACUACAAAAUGUUGUUUUACACAGCGUGGCGAUGGAUGUUCUACCUGUCUCACACAAUCAAAGUGCAUUGAUACUAUUCCUGCAACUUCAGUUAACCAAACUUUAGGUAUUGAAGCCCAACACUUAUGUUAUCAGAACAACACAUGUUUUGGUGUAAAUGACACAUCAAAAGUUCCUGUGCAACAAUACCCUUUACAAAUCUUUAAAGGACAACAAAUAAUUUUUAAUGUAGGUACUUUACUGCAAAGUAAUUUUACGUUAAAGAUAUUGAGCAGUGCUUCGUACAAUCAUUUUACAUCAUGUAAUAUUUCUAAAGCAAGACAAAUAUCUUAUUCUCGACAGAAUAACUCCCUAAUAUCUUUAGAAGCUUUGGAACCAGGGAUCUAUUACUUGUUGUUUAGUAGCAGUCAUGUUUUGUAUUCCUGUGUAUUUGGCUAUCGAAUUCAAGUUAUUGUAUAUGAUAAUAUCUGUUUUAUUAGUAAUGGCACCAUGUGCUCAUCACAUGGAAAGUGUUUAUUAAAUCAAACAGCAAGGACAUAUCAGUGUAACUGUUGCCCUGGCUAUCAUGGAAAAUAUUGCGAAAUAUUUAAUAGCUGCUCUACGAAUCCUUGUUUAAACAAUGGAACUUGUGUAGAUGUUAUUAAUGGCACAAGCUUGGCUAUUAUUUGUUCCUGUCAUCCACAGUUUACAGGAGAUCUUUGUCAGUCUUGCAUACCAGGCUUUAUAGGAGAACGUUGUAACAAAGACAUAGAUGAAUGUAAUGUUACUCAAAGGAUCUGUAAUUAUGGUGUGUGCAAUAACACGUAUGGCGGCUUUCAUUGUCACUGUCCUGUUAAUGUGACAGGGAGACUAUGUGACAUUGAUUUAUAUGACAACUGUCAAUCCAACCCUUGUAGCAGAAAUGCAACAUGUGUAGAUGAGUAUGGGAGUUUUCGCUGUGUGUGUCAAGCCGGUUUUACAGGUCAAAAUUGUGAUGUCAACAUCAACGAAUGUGUUAAUAAUACUUGUGCUGUAGAAGGAACUGCUCAAUGUGUAGACUUGAUUGGCAAGUAUUUGUGUCAAUGUAUCCCAGGUUAUACUGGGACACAUUGUGAAACAGAUAUAAAUGAAUGUGAUUCAGACCCAUGCCAAAAUGGUGGCCUGUGCUUGAACCAAAUCAACAAGUAUACAUGCGCUUGUCAACCAGGUUAUGAUGGCACCAACUGUCAAAAUAUUGCCAAUAAAUGCAAAGUACUAAAACCAUGUGAAAAUAAUGGCACAUGCAAUAGAUCUGGACAUAACUUUCACAAUUACACCUGUCAAUGUACUCCAGGGUGGACUGGUCGUAAUUGCUCUACGGAAAUUAAUGACUGCUUGUCCACUCCCUGUUUAAACAAUGCUACCUGUCAUGAUCUGUUUAAUGCUUUUAAAUGUGAUUGUUUAUUGGGUUGGACUGGUAAUCUAUGUGAAAGUAAUAUAGAUAUGUGCAUACUAGCACCGUGUCAAAAUAAUGCUUCAUGUAUUGAUUCUUUAAAUGGACUAGAUUAUAGUUGCGAAUGCUUAGCAGGCUUUACAUCUAAAAACUGCAGUGUAAAUAUCGAUGAUUGUGUCUUUUCAAAUGCUAGCUGUAUUAACGGUCGGUGCAUUGAUUUAGUAAAUGGUUACAUCUGUCAGUGCCAACAAGGUUGGUAUGGAAAGAACUGUGAUACAGAUAAAGAUUUGUGUUCACAAAAUCCUUGUGUUAAUUCAUUGCAUUGUGAAAAUGUUAAUUCAACUUUGGGUUAUCAAUGUUUUUGUAAACCUGGUUUUACUGGACAAAACUGCUUUGACAGAAUAGAUAAUUGUAUCAAUAAUACUUGUCAAAAUGGUGCCACUUGUCACAGUGUCACCGAUUUUUACAACUGCACUUGUGCCCCAGGCUUUGAAGGCCAAUUUUGUCAACAUGAAAAAAAUGAAUGUAUCUCAAACCCAUGCCAAAAUAAUGGAACAUGUAAGGACUUUAUCAAUCAAUAUUUCUGUAAUUGCAAGCCUGGAUUCAGUGGAUUAAACUGUGAAGUUAAUAUUGAUGAGUGUUUGUCCUUACCGUGUCAAAAUAAUGGGACCUGUAUUGAUAGAGUUAAUGACUUUGCCUGCAAUUGUUUGCGUGGUUUCACAACAAAAGAUUGCAGCCUUCAUGUCUGUAAUGUAUUGAACACUUGUAAAAACAAUGCAACUUGUGUUCAAACUUCUGAUGGUUUCCAUUGCCUUUGCCCACAAUAUUUUACUGGUAGUAAAUGCGAAAAUUCUAUCAAUGAAUGUUUAUCAACUCCAUGCAAAAACAAUGGUUCGUGUAUUGAUUUAUAUAAUGGUUAUCGUUGCAAUUGUGUGUUUCCGUUUUCUGGUAGACAUUGUGAGAAGCAUUUGUGUGAUUGUAAUAUAUGCCAAAAUAAUGCCACUUGUAUCCCAUCGCAGGAUAACUACAAAUGCCAAUGUGUGCCAGGUUUUACUGGACGAACUUGUGAAAAUGACAUAAAUGAAUGUCAAUCACAUUUGUGCAAUGUGAAUGGAACUUUACGUUGCACUGAUUUAGUAAACAACUAUGUUUGUGUAUGUAACCAUGGUUACACAGGAAAAUUUUGUCAGACACACUUGUGUGACUUGAGCAACAUUUGUGGAAAUGGUUCAUGUAUAAAAACAAAAAAUGGAUAUGAUUGUUUUUGCAAUGCAGGUUUUAAUGGAUCUAAUUGCGAAAACGACAUUAAUGAGUGUUUGAACGUCAGCUGUGGUGAAGGGACUUGUAUUGACACAGUGAAUAACUACACUUGUUUGUGUCCAACCUCCACAUCAGGGAGGAAUUGUGAAAUUAAUUUGGAUUUUUGUUCUAGUUCACCCUGCCUACACAACUCAACUUGUGCCAAUGUUUUAUCAAAUGCAAGUUAUACAUGCACUUGUCAACACCCAUUUGUAGGAUCACAUUGUCAGGAUCACAUAUGUAAUAUUUCACACCCAUGUAACAAUGGUACUUGUAAUAUCAGUCAUAAUGAUUUUACAUGUAACUGUUUUCCAGGUUUUACAGGAAAAUUUUGCAAUGAGAGUAUUGACAACUGCCUUGAUAACCCAUGUUUCAAUGGCGGUGUAUGUUUGAAUGCUGUUAAUAAUUUUACUUGCGAAUGCCCUACGAAUUCAACUGGCUCACGUUGUGAAUCAAUACUUACUUUCUGUAAUUCUUCUGUGUGUCUUAACAAUGGUAGCUGUGUUAGCAAUUAUACGGAAAGAAGUUACGAAUGCACCUGUUGGCCUGCUUUCACUGGUUCUGAAUGUCAAUUUCAUGAAUGUGACAUAGCUAAUCCUUGCAAGAAUAAUGCAACAUGUUUACGUAAUCCAUUAGCAGCGAAGUGUCAAUGUCGUCCAGGCUUUACUUCUGAUGAUUGUUCUAUCGAAAUUAAUGAAUGUGAAUCUUUUCCUUGCCUUAAUAAUGGAAUAUGCACAGAUUUAGUGAAUGGAUACAACUGCCAGUGUUUAAGAAACUUUACUGGAGAUAAUUGUGAAACCUUCUUAAAUUAUUGUAAUUCCAGCUCAUGCUUAAAUGGAGGUACAUGUCAUGCUGAUCAUACAAACAAAACAUUUUCUUGUGUCUGUUCUCCUAAUCAUACUGGCAAAAGAUGUGAAGUUAGUCUCAUGGGACCAUGCAAGACUCAACCUUGUGGUGUCAAUGGAGUGUGUAGUGAAGUAUCUAGUAAUAGUUACAACUGCACCUGCCUUUUUGGAUUUCAUGGCCUACAUUGUGAGAAUUUUAACUGUCCUUGUGUUGGUGGAAGAUGUCUUCGUUAUUAUUCAAGUGAACAGUACAGAUGUGUAUGUAAAACAGGCUUUACAGGAAGAUACUGUGAAACAUUUAAUGGAGAUUGUCGCAACACUACUAACCCAUCCUUAAAAUGUGUUGAUUUCAGUUUUUGCCAGAAAACUGACUAUGGUUUCGCUUGCAUUUGUCCACCGCACCUACAAGGUAAACAAUGUGAAACAGCUGGUGGUUGUAGAAAUACGACAUGCAAGAAUAGUGCAAAUUGUACUGGAGAUAAAGACUAUAAGUGCAAUUGUGCUGCUGGGUUUACUGGAAAAUUUUGCGAGUUUGAUAUCAAUGAAUGCAUUUCAUCUCCGUGUUUUAAUAACGGGUCCUGUGCAGAGGAUGGCCUUCAGUCUAGUAGAUGUUAUUGUCCUGCUGGUAUAAUGGGAGCUAAUUGCCAAUAUAAGAUGAACACCAGUACUACAUUGUCAACUUUAUUAUCCAAAGCAUCUACAGAGAUGUCGACAAUAUACUCUUCACCAACUUUCAAAACAGUUACAUUUAAUUCAAAUUCAAACACUGUACUCACACCAACUCGUUAUUCUAAACAAUACAGUAGUACACCAUUUUCAUCACAUUUAGUAAUAUCGAAUGUUUUGUCUCAACCUACAAGCAAGCUUGCAUAUACAACAGUAAAGAAUUAUACUAUUUCUCCCAGUGCAACCAAAUUUUAUUACAGUACGUUGACCACUUAUCCUGAUUCAAUUAGUAGUUCUACUAAAUAUGGCUUAGAUACAGCGUCAGUUGUUUCAAAAAAAUUGCUUGCAACGUCAAGUAAAACUGCAAGUUUAUUUAAAAAAUCUCAUUUUACUUCCAUUUCAACUGGUGCAUCAACAGUUGAAGUAACAGAAUAUGUAUCAAGCGCACAAAAAAACUUUUCCGUUGAGAAAACUAUCACAGUCUUGAGUAAUUCCAUAACAAAGUCAAUUAAAACUGUUUUAUCAUGUCCAAUUAGGAGUACUGUGAAUUUAUCCAGUAGAUUGGUUAUGUCAAAUUUUUCUUCACAGUUUUCCAAUACUAAAGAUACUUCAAAUCUUUUUUCACUUCAACCUUCAUCAACAGUUGUGUCCACUGCAGCAAUGCCAGUGAAAUCUACUUUCGCAUCAACACCAUCCAUCAGAAGCACAACAUUGAUCUUCAAUAGUACAAGUCAAACCAGCACCAAGGUUAAUACUCACUCAACAUUAAAUAUACAAGAAUCUUUUACACUAAAUACCAGUUUAACUACAUCACAGUCGCCGAGAGCUACUGCCAGCUAUUUUUCAAAUGUUAGCACAAUAUCAAAUUUUGUUAUAUCAACUUUUCCACGCACAACGACGGUGUUGUUAUCAACUAAUCAUCAAAUAGUGUCAUCUUAUACCAAUCGCAUAUUAGAAACUAGACUUUCGUCAAUUGCUUAUGUAACUACCUCAAGAAGUUAUCAUACAACGAUUGCUUACAAUAGCACUACAACUCCAACGACUUUGCCUACUGUUGUAACAACCUCGCAAAGACCAUUUUUAAACCUAACAUGCAGUGACCAACCUUGUAAUGGUUUUCUUUGUGUUAAUGAAACAGAUAAUGGACUUCCAUUUCGUUGCAUUUGUCCUUUUCCAGCUGUUGGACCAAGAUGUGUAUUAGGUUCUACUUUACACUUUGCUCGAUUUAAUGGUCAUUCAUUCAUUGAGCUACCAAAGAUGAAUUUAAACCAAAGCUUGAACACUAUAUCAAUGUCUUUCCAAACAGUGUCAGAGGAUGGUUUAUUGCUUUAUAUGAAUCAUUCACAACAUAAUGACUUCAUAAUGAUCUCUGUCGAAGAUGGUUUUCUUAAGUAUCAGCUUAGUACUGGUGAUGAGAGUGUUAUACUAAAGAGCACCACGAAGGUGAAUACAGGGCAUUCUGUCCUUUUGACUGCAAGUUAUAAUAGCUUGACUGGUGUUGGAACUUUAUCACUCAUCGGUAAAGAGCAAAUCAGUAAAACGCUCCAAUCCAGUCUUCGCGACAUAGACAUAACUUCGAAUUGGCAUGUAGGUGGAAUCCGCACUGGUAUUUUGUCAGUUAAAAAUUUUACUGGAUGUAUCAGAGAUUUUCAAGUAAAUUCAAAACCAUUCUCUUUAACAGACGCAUCUCAAAUCAUUGAUUGGCUCAGUGUUAGUGAAUGUGAAAUAUCAGCCUGUGAGCGUGGAGCAUGCCACAACAACGCCACAUGUAUACAAGAUAUUAACGAUUUAAAUAGCUUUGUAUGUCGUUGUCAACCAGGCUACUUUGGUGAUGAUUGUCGUCAGGUGACUGAUCACUGUGCUGGGGACCCUUGUAAUGGUGGCUUGUGUGUUUGGACAGCGGAUGGAAGACAAUGCUUAUGUCAAUAUGGAAGGCUUGGUUCGACGUGCCUAAUAGAUACCAUCAUAUCUGUUCCACAGUACUCCGUGUUUCAGAAUUACUCUUCAUACACUGAAUACCCGUGGUUACUUACUGGAAAGUUUGCAUAUGAAAGGUUUGAAAUAAGACUGCAGUUUAAAGUUAGUGGUGAUGUACUUCAAGACGGACUCUUGGUAUAUCUUGGUCAAAAUGAAAUCGGAUCGGUGGGUGACGAUUUCUUUGCAGUUGGAAUAAUUAAUAACCAUAUUGCCUUGAUAUUUAAUCUUGGAAAUGGUCACACUAUUCUUAAAAGUAAAGAACCAAUUGAAUUAAAACGCCAAUGGCAUUUCAUUGUUGCUGGCCGGACGAGACAACAUGGCUACCUGUACUUAAACUCGCUUGAGAAAGUCAAAGGGGUGACACCUGGCUUGCUGACUGGGCUUGAUAUAUACACGUCAUUGUACAUAGGUGGUGUCCCUAAUUACAACAGACUGCCACCCAGCCUGUAUGCAUAUUUUAGAACAGGCUUCACUGGUACCAUAUAUGACGUAUCCAUUCGUACAGGCAAUUCGAGCUUUGCUCCUCUGCUGACCCUGACUGAAGAUCAAGCAGCUAGUAGUGUGAUUGGAGUCCCUGUGGUUGGCGGUUUGAAUGUAAACAAUGAUGGAGAGAAUCAGUGUGUGCUCAAACCGUGUGCUAAUAAUGGUACAUGUGUUUCUACAGGCACAAGUUUUACCUGUCGAUGUCAACCUCCCUAUAAAGGAAAUUUAUGUCAUGAUAAAGAGUUGUCAUGCAUUGAUUACAAUCCGUGUCAUCCAGGAUCCACGUGUCGUGCUGAUGGCUUUGAUAUUCAGUGUGAUUGCCAGCUUGGUUGGAAAGGCGUGUUUUGUAAUGAAGAAGUUAACAUCUCAACACCAUAUUUCAAAGAGAAGUCGUUUCUUGCACUUCCACCAGUCAGUGUUCGUUCCACGCUAAAGAUUUCGUUAGAGUUCAAAGCAGACACUAAUAAUGGUUUGUUGUUUUACGUGUCACGCAAUCUGCAGUCAAGUAAAGGAGACUUUUUAGCUGUUAGUUUGUGGAAAGGAUAUAUUUACGUCAGAUUCAACCUCGGUCAUUUCAUAGCUUCCAUGCGAACUCACAAGAAGAUCACUGUUGGUCGUUGGCAUUUAUUCUAUUUUUACCGUGUCAGAAAAGACGCCAUUAUGAAAUUGGACAACAACAGAUACAUAGGUGUCCGCAGUAGAGGCUCCAUGAGCAUGUUGGAUGUCGGUUCACAGUUUUACCUAGGCGGUGUACCGUAUUUAUCGUCACUCAACAUGGCUGCUGUGAAAAGCGUGCAAGCUCAGAGUGAUUUCACUGGCUGUGUGAAAUAUUUAAAAGUAAACAACAAAAUCUAUCCACUGCACACGCCUUCCACCUCGAAUAUGAUUGGUCGAAAUAUCGAGGAUUGUGGAUCCUCUUGCGCAAUGCAUCAUUGUCAAAAUAAAGCCAGUUGCGUUCCUACAAACGAAACUGUGUACGAAUGUAAAUGUGCUUUGGGAAAUGUUGGAAGUAGCUGCGAGCAAGUUGCACCCUCCUUCACGGCGGCUUCGUUCACGUCGACCUCUUAUUGGUUCACACGCUUUGCUGUUUUAAGCUCGUCAUCUACAGGACAUUAUGAUUUGUUAUUUAAAACCCGUCGUGAUGGUGUGAUCUUCUGGCACGGUAAACUGAGAAAAGAAAAAAGCGAUUUUCUAGUUGCUGGUAUUGUAAAUGGAAACGUACAUUUGAGUGUAUCGAUGGGUGGUCAAACAUCAUCAGCCGUGAUUGGCCAAUCAGCGUUUAGUGAUAAUCGAUUUCAUCAGCUACGAAUUAACAGGGUUAAAAAUAUUUUUCAAUUUAUUGUCAAUGGUCACACACCCAAAAUCGUGAUGGUUAACACUGAUAAAAGUAGCUUCAACAAUGACGGGUACUUUUAUCUAGGUGGCCUACCUGGUGCAGUCAAAGAGCUCAGUAUGGGUAAAUAUAACACAGGAUUUAGAGGUUGUAUUGCUAAUGUGACGGUAACCGGUAAUAAAGGUUAUGUCAAUUUUGGUUCGACAAACAACACGAGAGGUCUGGGCAUUAAACCUUGUCUUUGACCCAGAGUACCUUUGAUGUAAUUUUUUUAAUGUCGAUAGGCCAUGCAGCACUUUGAUGUCAGUCAGUAUUCUCCGGUAUUGUCUUUUCGAAUAGUUCUUAUAGUGGUUGUAUUAUAUCACUGAUAAUUUAUGCUAAAAUUUCUUUUUUUAUUUUGUAGAGAAUUUCUUUUUUAUAAGGUUUUUGUUAAAUAGACGAAUUCGUAGUUUCCGCAGCCAUUAUGGUUUCUUUUGUUUAUGUUUUGUGUGGUUAAAUCACAAGCAAGUAGGACAUCAAUUUGACGUAAAACUCCAGAGUUUUUCAGCGUUUGACGUCUAAAUAGCUCCCAGGAGAGAUUUUUCCAGGUCAAAACAUUAGCAGUAAAUUCGCAUCCAAUGGAGUCUGUUCCGCUUGGCAAGAUAAAUCGAUAGUAGCUGCUGGAUUUCAGAAAUCUAUAUUGCAGUUUUUACUUGUUUUAUAUUUUUAACUUGUAUAAAAAGUGGAAUUUAUGUUUUACAGUUAACAAACUUUAUUAUUUGUAAACUUAACGAUAGUGAUUGUUUUCAAAACACUUUUAACCCGCG